AGAGAGAAGAUCUGAUCCCCUGAACAUUAAGCGUGAUACAGCGGCCUUUGCAGCUCCAAACAUGCUGGAGGAAGAUAUGGAAGUGGCCAUCAAGAUGGUGGUUGUAGGGAACGGAGCAGUUGGAAAAUCGAGUAUGAUUCAACGCUAUUGCAAAGGCAUUUUUACAAAGGACUAUAAGAAAACAAUCGGCGUUGAUUUUCUGGAGCGACAAAUCCAAGUCAAUGAUGAAGAUGUCAGACUAAUGUUAUGGGAUACGGCAGGUCAAGAGGAGUUUGACGCAAUCACGAAGGCCUACUAUCGAGGAGCACAGGCGUGUGUGCUUGUGUUUUCCACUGUGGACAGGGACUCUUUCGAAGCCAUUUCCAGUUGGAGAGAGAAAGUAGUGGCUGAAGUAGGAGAGAUACCAACAGUGCUGGUCCAGAACAAGAUUGAUCUCUUGGACGAUUCUUGUAUAAAGAAUGAGGAAGCCGAAACGCUGGCAAAAAAACUAAAGCUAAGAUUCUACAGAACAUCCGUGAAAGAAGAUCUAAAUGUGAACGAAGUUUUUAAAUAUUUGGCUGAAAAAUACCUUCAAAAACUCAAACAACAAAUAGCUGAGGAUCCAAAACUAGUGCAUUCAAGUAGUAACAAAAUUGGUGUCUUUAAUACAGCCGGUGGAAGUCAUUUGGUCCAGAAUUCAAGUACCCUGAAUGGCGGAGAUGUCAUCAAUCUUAGACCAAACAAACAGAGGACCAAGAAAAACAGAAAUCCUUUUAGCAGCUGUAGCAUACCCUAAAAUGUUUUUAGGGAGCAACAGAUUUAAUUAAUCACAGUGCAAUUUAAUAAGAAAUACAUCCAGCUGUUGUGACCUAUCACACGGUUUUCGGAAGAGUUUGCUCCUAAUGGCUCUUUGGAAAUUGAGAGACCUAGACAUUUUUCUGCAGUGCUUUACAGAGCGGAGUGAGGUCUUUAAUGGAAGAAUUACUGCCCUCCUGUGGAUUCAUUUUCAUUUUUUUUACAUUAGACGAAGCUUCUCCUGUUUCUGAUGGAAUGCUGUAUGAAAUGUCAAGAACAGGUCUUGCUGAAUUCUAAAUGCUGGAAAAUUAUAAAUGAAAUGUCUAAGUAUAUUGGUAUAUAUUUUAAUACUGUGGGCCAAGAAAAGAUAAUAGGCAUUGUUUUUCUGAAAUUAGUCAUCUAACGUUUCUGGAAAAUAGUCUAUGAAAAAUAUAUUGAAAGGUAAACCCUAAAUCUUGCCAGGCUGCAUAAGUACGUAUUUUGGCAUUAUUACUUGUGCAAUAUCUGUACGGUAGGCUGUGGAGAUUUGGUGCAGGUGUCUGAUUCUGAAGUGAACUGAAGGCACGUGCAGUAUUCACGGAAACACAAAAUCGAACUCAUGCAUAAGACCAUAUACAUUGUGUACAAACAUUCAUUCAAAGUUUUUAUUUUCAAAUAAGAAAUUCCAUACAUAUAUUUUGCAAAACGAACUUGAUUUUAAAAGUGCUUUGUGCCAAAAAAAAAGGUCAUGCCUAAUUUUUACAGAUCUUUACUAAUUAGAAUUUAUAUAGUUUAUAAUGUCUUUUAAAGGAAGUUUCCUCCCUGAAGGGUAGAAAAAAGAGGAACCCGGGUUCUACUGCCCUAGCUUCUCCCAGAUGCGACUUGUUGCAGAGUCUUUUUUGCGUGCCUAUCCCUAACCCCCAGGAGCCCUUCUAGAGACCCAGAACACCUGCAGUUAUCUCUUAGGUCUUGUGAAGUGCGGUGGUGCAGUGAGCACCUUUUGCGACAGAUUGAAAAUGCAGCUUCGAUCUUUUAGGAUUAUGCUGACAGUUUUUUAAAGAGAUAUCUUUUGUCUUAAUCCACCUUAUGGACUUUGUAAUGCCCUGCAACUCUGAAGCAUCCUUUUUGUUUACACAUUUUUGUAUGAUCUUUUAGGAGUGUCACUUCGAAAUUUCUAUGCCCUUCAGUUUGUACUUGCACUUUUCAAGAGCUCUGUCAUCAUCACCAAACACGAAAGAAAUUUCUUUCGAAAAUGAUUUUAAUACACAGUCACGUGCCAGAGCAUAAAAUUUAUGACUUGGGACAGUUUACUUUCUAACGGUGAUUGCCUGAAUUCUGUUCGAUCAUCAGUGACUUUAUUUUUAAAUCCUUUCAAUAUGCCUGUUUUUUACAGGGAUUUCAAAAUAUAUAACUCUUCUUGGGAACAUGUCGUAGCCAUUUUCCAUUAUUUAUACUAAAUGCUUAAUGUUUUGUAUAUUCCUUUUGUAUGCUUUUUAAAAAAGUCUUCCAUCAGCACCAUCCACGUCCCUCUGUUCAGAUUAAUGUUGUAACCAUAAUGGAAUUGGAAUUGGGGGUGGGGAAUGAGUUUGGUGAGAGGUCAGUAGUGGAUAUUUGAUCUAAUAAUACUGAAGUAAUUUGGAAUAUUUCAAAGUAAUAGAAAUUCUUAUUUUUAUGUCGCCACUUGUCACCACUUUCCUUGCUGGCAGUGAUGUAAGCAUUGGGGAGUAAUUCUGUUCCAGAAUUCAAUAAUUUUUCUUUUCUACUCAAGUAUGUUUAAUUUUUGCACAAAAUAUAUUUUGUGGCAAAAGUCUUAUAGUCUUUAGUAGCAGAGAAUAAAUCAUAUUCUUCUGUUCUAUUUUAUAGUAAUUAAGUGGAUGUAGGUAAGAGUUUAUUUUCUUUAAAAAAAAAUGUAACCUGUAAUGAUCUUUACCAUUUCCCUAAUAUUUGUAGUAUAAUCUUAUGUCCUUCAUUGUCCUUUUUUCUUUUUAUAAGAAUUGAAGACGUUACAUAUUUCAUUUAUACUUCUAUAUUUUAAACAUAACUAUAGUCAUUUAAAAUAAUUAGGGGAACCCAAAAUCAGUUAUAUAGGUGACACAUUAAAUACUUUAUCAUUUUAAUUCUAAAACCUUCAAAAUUGACAUUUUUUUUUCUCCCAAGACCCUAAUUUUCUAAAAUAGUUUCUUAAUGAAGCAUGAAUGUUAGAAAAAAAAUUUGUCCUAAGACCCCCGGACAUUCUGACACAUGCUCUGUUAAACUUUUUACAUUUUCACUGAUUUGUAGCUUCUAGACAAUGCGUCGAUGGGAUAGUUGCCAUAGUCCAGAGUUUCUCAGGUUUCUUUUGCCUCUCAGUGUCUCCCUCUCCACGUAAAUAACACACGCAGUAGCUAGUACCGACUAUCUGUAAGACAACUUAGGUUUUUAAAACUAUGGUGCGAUAAAACUUUUUAUCUGCCCAAAGUCGAUAGCACACAUGUACUUUUUCAAAAUUAGGUACAACUACAGGUACAAAAAAAAAAAAGAGGAUGAGCACUUUUCCUCACUGUGGAAUGAAGUCAGACGGUGGCAGUGGUUUCAGAGGCGUAGGAAAAACUCCCGUUCCGAAAAUCUUAGAAGGGGAACUGGCCUUACAACUUCAUGUCCCAACGUAAACUAAUUUAGCAUAAUAUAGUGUCAAUUGCUAGCAUUCUUUUUAAAAAAUCUUUGAAAAGGUUGCAGGUAACCUGCGGAGUUGUUUCAUUAUAGUUCAGUUAGGGCAUCUCGGGUUUUUUCCCCAAAAACAAGACGAAAACUUUUCCAUCACUACAGUCAUCUGAGGAGCAGGUAGACUUACUCAGACUUAGCUGUUACGAGUAUCACGUGUGCACUGGUGGCAUUCUUUAGGUUUUUACCUCAAAAUAUGUAAAUGCAUCAUGUAAGUGGAUUUAUUUAUUCACGGAAGAUACCUAGAACCACACUAGACUCUGAAACAUCAAGUCACCCCAUCCCGGGUCACUGGGCUUGGCUGUAAUAACCUUUAGGAGACAGAGCUCUCCAGCUUCUCUCCAGAAAGAUGAUCUCUGUGGGAUGUUGUUAAGUGGUCAGCGGUCUUUUAACACUAAAACCUUUGGCCCAAAUGGAAAACUAAACCCCUUCUGUAUUUUUGUUACUACCAAAAAAUGCGUUUGUAAAUUUGGAUGGGAAACCACUUGGACUUGUUGCUAUUGGGUUGCAGUUACGCCCUGAAACUCGAUUUAAAUAUGUAAUUAAAAUUUCAUGAAAAGUGGAUUCCAAUUAAAAAAAAAUGCAUUUUAAAGCUAGAGUUUUGUGUGAUGUGAGUGGUAACGUGUCACCAUUGUGGAAC